AUGAAUGAUAAAGGGGAACUCUUUGGAUCCGAAAAAUUAACCUCUGAAUGCAUUUUCCGGGAGCAGUUUGAAGAAAACUGGUAUAACACCUAUUCCUCAAAUCUAUAUAAACAUGGAGACUCUGGUAGACGAUACUUUGUAGCACUUAAUAAAGACGGAACUCCUAGAGAUGGAGCUCGAGCUAAAAGACAUCAGAAGUUCACUCAUUUUCUGCCUAGACCAGUGGACCCUGAGAAGGUACCUGAACUCUAUAAAGAUGUCAUAGGAUAUAGCUGA